AUGUGGGAUGAGAAUAUAUGCAAAGCUUUUGAUUGGUUGCUUCCACAGGAAAUAUUAAAACAAGUAAAACAAGAUCACUCAAAAAGACAAGCUUUGUUACAAGCACGAGCCGUAGUCACAGUUACGGUUUCUGCUUUUUUCGCGCUAGUUACACAACUUUUUUUGGGCACGUAUUCGGCGUUAGGGUUCCAUGAUCAGCUAUCAUCGGAAAUUAUUCGAGAGAUUACUGUUCCAUUGUUUACUUGGCAGGUGUCGAUUUCGGGAACUUUAAUCUAUGCCGCAAUACUUUAUGCAAUUCGACACGAAGAACUAAGUAUCAUACAUGCAGCAGAAUUAGGAAUCUACUCUUUUGUUAUAAUUUCUGCGUACGUGGCCAUCUUUGGGAGAUUCCAUACGCUUAGUCAUGUAAUAUUUUUUGCGAUUCCGCCGUUUGGGUUGAUGUAUAUUUGUUUCCAAAAAUAUUGGAAAGCAGACAUUGCUUAUAGUUUGUGUUGUCUACUUUGUUGCUUUUUGCCGCUCAAUCGGUCGAGAAAGCAACCCACUCUCGUUCUCGUCAAUCUGUUGGGUAGUUUGCGAUCUGUAUAUCUUGUGUUUGAUGUGGCACAUAAACAAGAGUUUGCUUUGAAUCAGGAAAACAUGCAAAGAAGUUUAGACGUGGCGAUAUCAGCAGAAACAGCAAAAUCAACGUUCAUUUCGAAUGUGAGCCAUGGUAUAUUGGCAACGGUCGACACUCUUGGUAAAACACGACUAAACGAAUCACAACAUGCGCUUCUGAACGCGAUCGAAAGUUGUGGAACGAACUUGAUUUCUGUUGUCGACCAAGUAGUAACCUUUACUAAAAUCAAACAUGGAAAACUCGAACCGGAGAAUAAUGUUUUUGAUGUUUUUACGUUGCUGCAAGAAAUCGGUGAUGGACUGGCACCUAUACUGGAACGUAAAAAACUUGAUUUCGUUGUUUUCACCGACGUGAAUCCGUUACAUCGGUUUAUGAUUGGAGAUGUUGGGUGCUUGCGGCAGAUAAUAUUAAAUCUUCUUGGAAAUGCGAUAAAAUUCACCGAUCGCGGAAGAAUCAAACUAAACAUAAUGGAACUAAACUCUGACGAAGAACAAAAAGAAUCCGCUAAACAACAAUCAAAAAAAGAUGUUAAAAAAUCAAAGGUAAAAGUUGUUGCUAAUGGUAGCGAUAGUAGUGUUGAUGGCGAAGAAGAAAAAGAAAAUAUAGAAGAGGGAGAGCUAGCUCUGAAAAAAGUAAAGGUUCGUAUAGAGGUUAUUGAUACUGGACGAGGAAUCGCUCCUGAUUUCUUGGCUCAGAUGUAUCAGCCGUUCGCUCAGGAGGAUUCAUCGUCACCCCGAAAAUUCGAAGGUACUGGGUUAGGACUGAGCAUAGUAAAAGGUCUAUUGGAUAUUAUGCAUAGUUUCCUCGAAGUAAAAUCCGACACCCAAAAAGGCAGCAACUUUUCAUUCUGUCUCACCCUUCCAAUCAUUUCUACAUUCAAAGACAUGUGUGCUGCAUCGCUGCCAUUUUCGCACGAACACCUAAAAUUAUCGGCACACAAACAAGAAGCGCUCACUGCACAACUACGAUCCCUUUCGUUUGUCAUUCUGAAUCGUUCAAAUUUUUUGUGGUCGCAGCGAAUUGCGAGGUAUUUUACCGAAUGGGGGUUCACUUAUCGUCUUGCAGAAAAAGCAAAUUUGAAGAACGAGCGUGCAAAAGAAGGCUGUGAUAUUAUUAUACUGAAUGAUAGUGUUGCUGAUUUGCAUUGGUUCAUGAACGAGUUUAAACCGCAGCAGCAACCUGCUAUUACCACUUCGGCUACUGUUGCUGCUAGAACUAAACCAGUAACGAAGCAAGCGUCGACAACAGCAGCGAAUUCGAUGGCUAUAGUUACCCCGAGUACUUCUUUAGGAGAGAAACAGGUGUGGUUAACGUCAACGAAGACAGCAAUUCCUCCUAUUCAGUGUGUGGUGUUAUUUUCUACAAUCGCAGGGCGCCAUAAAUCUGAAAAGAUUUUGAAAAAAUUUGAGCUACGAUCAGUUGUGAUUGUAUCAAAGCCAGGAGGCCCAGUAAAAAUCUUAACUGCAAUCAUAAAAGCGAUGGAAUCAAUUCGCUCUCAGAAAAGAGUAACGACCAUUCGUUCCUCUUCCCCGUCUUCUUCCUUAUCAUCAGAAGAAACGGCCUCCGAUAACGAUAACGUGAUACCACUUAGCACAACUGCCGAAUCACAACCUACCAGCGAAAUCUUGGCUGAAAGCGAACUACUAUUCUCGCCGAGUAUUUUCGGUUCUGUUGCGAUGAGUACAAGCGAUCCCUCGUCCCAAGAGAUCCAUGCGUUACAGCUGAUUAAAGAUGAAACUCCGAUGCGUCAACAGACUGAAACGAAAAAAAUUGAAAAACAUCAAAUACAAGAGCAACAACAACAGAUGAUAAGUAGUAUUAAAAAGGAAAGGAAAAGCAGUAAAGAAUUAUCGAAGGAGGAAACAGAAAAAAAACAGGUCUGA